GAAGCGGACUUUGGGUUCCUGGAACCUCGGCGCUGAAGACAGCUUGGCCUUGCACUGUGUACAGCUAUCUGGACGACAGGGCCAGAGCUGAUGGCAGACCAUGUCAGCCACUAACAACAUCGCCCAGGCCCGAAAACUGGUGGAGCAGCUCCGCAUCGAAGCCGGGAUCCAGCGUAUCAAGGUCUCCAAGGCCUCAUCAGAACUCAUGAGCUACUGCGAGCAGCAUGCCCGGAACGACCCCCUGCUGGUCGGAGUCCCUGCCUCCGAGAACCCCUUCAAGGACAAGAAGCCUUGUGUCAUUCUAUAGCUUGGUUUUCUCCUGUGUUUUCUCUCUGUGUAUCUCUCUCUCCCUCUCUCUCUUUCUCUCCCCAAAGCCCUUCUUUCUCUCUCUCUGUCAGGGCGUCAUUCAGUACGUAGUCAAAGCAAAGCAUUUUGGGUCCCUGGGACUUUUAAUGCCAAAAGAAAUGUAAAACGUUGCCACCGCCCAGAUGGAGUAAACGUACCCGCUGGGUAACGCUGGGUUUUCAGACUGAGGCGCACAGACCGCAGGGCCUGGCCGAGAGAUGGGUGCUGGCUGCACAACUCCUUCCACUUAGGAGAACUGAGAGGCCCGAACGAUGCGGUCGCCGUAUUUUUAAACUCUCACUUGCCAUUUGAGCUGUGGUCCAGAGCCAAGCUGGUCAGAGAAGGGACUGGAAGGGGGCGCUGGCCGCUGGUCCCGGGGGACCAGGGCGACCUGGCCGGCUGGCCGUCCUCACACAAUUGGCCACUUGUAAAAAAAAAC